AUUCGUGUACGGCAGUUGAUCCAAGAAGCAGUAGAUGCACGUGCUGAAAUGAUGAAAGUUAAAGUGGCACUGAAGCGGUUGCAGGAUGCGAAGGCAAACGUGAAACAUAAAGAAACAAUGACCGAAGCAGCAGAAAUGACACCGGAUGCGCCGAUCCACCCUGAGCCACCACAAAUGUCAUCUUCUUUUCCACCAUCGCCUCAGGUUUUGUGCCUUUUUUGCUGUUUUUGA